AUGGAGGACAUGCGUCUUGGGAGCAGUGGAUUGAAGGUUUCGAAGAUCAUUUUGGGGGGCAUGAGCUUUGGGUCGAGUAAAUGGGAAAGUUCGCCGUGGACCCUGGAUGAGCCGGAGGCGUUGAAGGUGAUCAAGAAGGCGUAUGAUUUGGGGAUAAAUACUUGGGAUACAGCAGACACCUACUCCAACGGCGCCUCCGAGCGCAUCAUCGGCAAAGCACUGAAAGAGUUUAAGGUUCCAAAGAGUAAAGUAGUGAUUCUGACGAAGACCUUCAAUCCAGUUAUGGGCGAUGACUCGAGACCUGUGCCGAAGAAUGACGGAGCGCUUGUAAAUCAGAUGGGGCUGAGUAGGAAAAAUGUCUUUGAGGCGUUGGAUAGGUGUUUGGAGAAAUUGAGGACGGAUUAUAUUGCGACUAACACCCACCAGACGUCCUCCAAAUCCACCGUCUCGACCGCGAAACUGCCCUCGCCGGAAUUCAUGCAAGCCCUCCACGACCUCAUCCGCUCCAGAAAAGUCCACUACAUUGGCGCCUCCUCUAUGCACACCUGGAAAUUUGCACAGCUCCAACACGAAGAGCGCGAGAUGCUGCCGUUCUGCCAGGCAACGGGGGUGGGCGUGAUUCCGUGGCCACCGCUGGCCAGGGGGCUGCUUGCGAAACCGCUGGAUGAAGGGAGCGCGAGGAAGAAAGCGGAUGGGAAGGCGAAGGCGUGGUUUGGGGAUGCGAAUAUGGAGAUUUUGGGGCGGGUUGAGGAGGUGGCGAAGAGGAAGGGGGUUAGUAUGGUAUUGGUGGCUACGGCGUGGGUUUUGGGAAAGGGAUGUGCGCCGAUUAUGGGAUUGAAUAGUGAGAAAAGGGUAGAAGAGGUCGUGGAGGCUUUGAGGGUGAAGUUGAGUGAUGAGGAUGUGAAGUAUUUAGAAGAGAAGUAUCAACCUAGAAGUAUCGGGGGGCUGUAG